UCCCCAUCAACAGUUCUAUUUCAUAGCUCCUGCAAAGCUAGUCAAAUUUCCUGAUAAAUUAUUUAUUUUUAAAAAUGUCGGAAGAAGUAUCUGAUGAAUUAAAGGAUCUUGGAAGCUGUGAAAACAACAGCGCCGACGAUACAGGCGUGGUGCCUCUAGAUACCUCGGAGGAUGCCCAAUUCUCGGAGCAGAUGUUUUGCAACAUCCAGGAGCGACUGAACCGGAUUAUGAAGCGAGUGAGUCUGGCCAAUUCAGCUAUGGCCCAGAUAAAGAGGAAGCUCAAGGCCAAAAUUCCGUCAACGACUGUACUUGAAAAUGCCGACAAGUUAGCUGGAGGAGAUAACCCAUUGAGAUUCGAUACCAACGAACCAGGCAAUGAAGAUACAAACGAAUGAUUUAACAAAGAAACAUUGUUAUAUUUUUGAUUUCGUCAAAUUGUUAAUGUAAUUAUGUAAAUCAGUGUUCCAACAUAACACGUGUGUUCCCCAAAAAACACAUUUUCGAUCUAUAAAUACAAUUACUGUUAAAUUA